UUAAUCUCCGCCACUUCCCCCACGACUCUGCUGCUUGCCCCCCCCCUAUUCUCACCUUUUGUGAAAGAAAUCCGGCGACAGCCACUCCGGGACACUUCUUCCUCUCAUGCUCUGCUUGUCACGGAGCAUGGGGAUUUUCGCAUGUUGUUCUCUGCUUCUCCUCCUCUCCACCGCCGCAGAAGCAGGAAUUGUUGGUGUGAACUAUGGCCGGGUGGCGAACAACCUUCCGUCGGCUACGGAGGUGGUGGAGCUCUUGAAGUCGAACGGCAUCAGUCAUGUCAAGCUCUACGACGCUGACCCUUCCUUCCUCCGCGCACUGGCGGGCACCGGCGUCAAGGUGGUGGUCACCGUCCCCAACGAGAUCCUGGCGUCCACCGCGGCCCGCCCCGGCUUCGCCCUUGCCUGGCUCCAGCGCAACGUGGUCGCCUACUACCCUUCCACUCAGAUCCAGGCCAUCGCCGUCGGUAACGAGGUGUUCGUCUACCCUCGCAACCUCACCACCUUUCUCGUCCCAGCCAUGCAGAACCUCCACGCCGCCCUGUCCAGCCUCCGCCUCGACGGUGUAAUCAAGAUAUCCUCCCCCAUCGCACUUACUGCUCUCCAGAACUCCUACCCGUCAUCCGCCGGCUCGUUCCGGCCCGAACUGGUUGUGUCGGUGUUGCAGCCGAUGCUGGAGUUCCUACGCCAAACGGGCUCUUACCUCAUGGUCAAUGCCUACCCGUUCUUCGCUUACGAGGCUAAUGCCGAUGUGAUCUCCCUCGACUAUGCCCUCUUCCGGCCCAACCCGGGCGUGGUCGACUCCGGGAACGGCCUCCGCUACUACAGCCUCUUGGAUGCCCAGAUCGACGCCGUCUUCGCCGCCAUGUCCGCCAUCAAGUACGAGGACAUCAAAAUAGCCAUCUCCGAGACGGGAUGGCCGUCCAAGGGCGACGCCGACGAGACGGGCGCGGGGCAAGCGAACGCGGCCGCAUACAACGGGAACUUGAUCAGGCGGGUCCUUUCGGGCAAUGCCGGGACGCCGCUGAGGCCCCAAGCCGACAUAGAUGUCUACCUCUUCGCCCUGUUCAACGAGAACCAGAAGCCGGGCCCGACGUCGGAGAGGAACUACGGGUUGUUCUACCCAGACGAGGGGAAGGUCUACGACGUCGAGUUCACUCUCGGCGGGAGCAACGGAGGCGGCCUAAGGUGGGAGGACGUCAGGGGCAAAGGACCUUCCACCACGCUGCCACCGUCCUCUUCGAGCGGCACGGUGCGGACAAGCUCAACGGGGGAGAGCUGGUGCGUGGCGAACGCGAUGGUGGGGAAGGCGCGGCUGCAGGCAGCGAUGGACUACGCGUGCGGCGAGGGGGGAGCGGACUGCCGACCGAUCCAGCGAGGGGCGGCGUGCUACGAGCCCGACACGGUGGAGGCGCACGCGUCGUACGCCUUCAACAGCUACUACCAGAGUAAAGGCCGGGCCAUGGGGACAUGCGACUUCGAGGGGGCCGCCUACGUGGUCUCGCAGCCACCCAGGAUUGGUAACUGUGCCCUUCCGUCGGGAGCCUGAGCUGAGCUGCAAAUAAUGGAAGCGAUGGGCGGCUUUGGGUGGCUGCAUUAUAUGUUGUAGUUUGUGGUAAUUAUUGGACUAUUAAAGACCUUAACAGAGCAUGUGAACGGCAUGUGAACCGACGCAGUAGCUGAUUCACCGUCGCUCUGUUUUCCCUUAGUGGACGACAGCUAUGGCGUGGGAUUUGUUUGUUUUAAAGUUCACCAACGUCAAUGCAUGUCGUUUUGUACUCGGUACCAUUGGAUCUGAACAGUCCGUCUGCCACGUGACCAAGUC